AUGGACUCCACUACACCUCUGCAGGAAUGCUGUGGUAUCUGGCGCCAAGCAGAUCCAAGGCCGGCACCCACUAACUCUUCUCCCCUCCAAUCUGGUGGUCAGAGGACUGCUGAGGUCAUCACGUCUAACACAGGGUUCACAGCCCGGCAUUGUAUGAGAGGACUCCAAGGGACAGACCACUGCAGGAGCAAAGGGAAAGGUCACAUGACCGUGCUGACCAAUGAGAAGUGCUUCCGAGCCAGGGACCAAUUUACAGAAGAAGCACUUCCGCCCUUCCCCUGCGGCCGUGGAAGAGGCAGGGGCCGCGGAAGAGGACGUGGGGCCCGUGGAAAAGCUGACGACAAGGAAUGGGUUCCCGUCACCAAACUCGGCCGCCUGGUGAAGGACAUGAAGAUCAAGUCCCUGGAGGAGAUCUACCUCUUCUCUCUGCCUAUUAAGGAGUCUGAGAUCAUUGACUUCUUCCUGGGCUCCACUCUUAAAGAUGAGGUCCUGAAGAUCAUGCCUGUGCAGAAGCAGACCCGUGCCGGACAGCGGACAAGGUUCAAGGCUUUUGUGGCCAUUGGAGACUACAACGGCCAUGUUGGUCUGGGCGUGAAGUGCUCCAAGGAAGUUGCCACUGCCAUCCGUGGUGCCAUCAUUCUGGCCAAACUGUCCAUCGUACCUGUCCGCAGAGGCUACUGGGGUAACAAGAUCGGCAAGCCACACACCGUGCCCUGCAAGGUGACAGGUCGUUGUGGCUCCGUACUGGUGCGUCUGAUCCCGGCUCCCAGAGGUACCGGCAUUGUCUCAGCUCCUGUCCCCAAGAAGCUGCUGAUGAUGGCUGGUAUUGAUGAUUGCUACACCUCGGCUAGGGGCUGCACUGCCACUCUGGGUAACUUUGCUAAAGCCACCUUUGAUGCCAUCUCAAAGACUUACAGCUAUCUGACUCCUGAUCUCUGGAAGGAAACUGUCUUCACAAAGUCCCCAUACCAGGAGUACACUGACCAUCUUGCAAAGACUCACACCAGAGUGUCUAUGCAGAGGACCCAGGCUGAUGCUGUUCCUGCCACCUCCUAAAUGUUCUAUCAAAGAAAAUAAAGAUCAAUGUUUUCACCAUU